CUCCACUCCACCUCUCUCUCCUUCCAUUCCCUUCCACCCAAUCCCCCUUCCACCCAACCCCGCCUAUUCCUCAGCUUCCUGCACAUGCCGUUCGUGGUGGUGUGUGGGUGGGAGCCGACGGGCGCGGCGGCGGCGGCUGCCAAGCACACUGUCGCCGCUCUGCACGCCAAGCACCCACUGGAGUUUGUGGCCACACUCCGCGUCUCCGCAGAGGGUGAGCCGCGGCUGGAACAGAGCUUUGUUCAAGGUGCGGCUGCUCGCGCUCAUUCGUCGGGAGAGCCGGCGGCAGGAUGUGCGGCAGGCGAGGCCGUCGUCAAGGUCGAGGCGGCGGAGCCGCCUCCUCCGUCUACAGCUUCAGAGACGGGAGGCGGCACACGGCCGGGAGGCGAAGGUGCGGAGGCGAUGGGCGAUGACGGCGAGAGGAUGCACAAGAACACAGUCAACGGCAUCGUGGCGUCGCUGAGCAUGUCGGCGGCGGUGCUCGAGACGAAACCGGCGAUGAAGCAGCUGGUGACUCACGUCAUCUUCCUGCUGCCGCUUCCGGCUAUGGCCGAAGUGGCACCCGAGCAGAUGCAGCGCAUCGUGGCCACGCUGCUGAUGCAUGUGACGGCGUUUGAGGCAUUCAAUUCGUCGCUUCUUGACGUCCACGUGGUCGGGGUCGGGGUCGAGGCGCAGAGCAACGGGGCGCGGAUUGUGCGCGCGCUCCACGGCGCGCUGCCAGGCUCUCUCACGUUCAUUCCACCGCCGCUGCAGCCGGCGCGGGUUGAAGUGACAAUCGAGCGACUGCUCGACCGACAGAUGCGGGCGUGGAGCGGAAUCCUCCCGCUGGGCAAGGACCCGCGGCUGCGGAUGUCGGUGCGGAUGCUGCCGGAUCCGGUACUGUCGUCGCGGCGGGCGCUGGCGGCGCUCGGCGGCGGGCUGCCGAGCGAGCUCAAGAUGGUGGGUUACGCGCCGUCAGCCAACGUCUUUGGCGCGCCGGUGCUCUCGGUCCACACUCUUCGGGCCCCGAUGGGAGGCGAGGUCCGGCAGCACGCGACGGCGGAGACCAUGCGGUCGUCAAUUCUGCUCAACAUGCUGUACUCGGCGCUGCACAAACACAGCCUGGUGGCUCUGCUCUCGUUUGUGCCGGUCGGGACGAACACGACCCGGUUUGCGCUCGCGUGGUGCGUCAAGGGGAAUGGCGUGCUCCCUGUGGUCAAGUUCUCGAUCCUGACGAGUGACUUUCGCAUUCCGCCCACCCUCCCGCUUGCGCAAGCCCUCCAUCCGCAGGCCUCGGAGCCUGCCGAGGCCGCCGUGUGGCCGGCGUGGCUCCCGAGAGUGGCAGCGGCCACCUCCGACACCCUGGCGCCGCUCACGUCGUCGUCGACCUGGCUCGGGCUGCUCCGCCGGGUCGUCCGCACCGCACACGCGCUCAUCGUCGACCCGACCAAGCCGGUGGACGCUCUCAAGUCGCGCCUCCGGAAGCUCAAGCUCUUUGCGCUCAAGCACGCCUCCUACGCGCCGCGAUACCUCUCGACUCUCCCGGAGGCCCUAUCCUCGAUCCGGCGGACCGUCCUCUCUGCCAAACCCACCAAUGCCGCCGUUCUCUCUGCACUGGAUGCCGCCAUCACAGACGUCAAGUAA